AUGCUCAGUUUGGUGUGUAUUGCUAGAUAUUUUUUUUUUCUUGGGAGAGUGCAUGUGAUCAGCACAGGGCCGAUCAACACUGUCCAGAAAGAGGGUCAGGGGUUAUGUAGCCUCAUAAGACAAUCAGGGGAGAAUGAAAACUCCUACAAGCUUUAACCAGUGCUCUGCUGGACACCGAUAGAAGUCACAAGACUGCUCUAACUGCUGAUGAGAAAACAUAUUUAGCAGUUCAUAUUGACUAAAAUUAUAGCAGUUCCAUGUUGUGUGUACUGUGGGAGAUCAGAUAUAGUGAAUGCAGGAUCCUGAG